UUAUUGUUUGUUGAAUAACAACUGAAAUAAAAGAACCAUGAAGUAGUGGAUUUCAAUAAAAACCCAUUGUUGUAACAGUAAGACCAAAAUGAAGUGUCAUUAAAUCCAAAUUGACAAAACGAAUAGUCUCUCAUUUACAGUCAGUCUGAUAUUUAAAAAAUGUCUAAUCCUGGGUGUCCUCCGCCUUAUUGGUUCAAAGUUCCAGCCCCCGGUGCAUUUUUCCCAUUCUCUGAUAAAAACCAAAAUCCUUCUCGAUUUCGGUACACUCAGAAUGUCGCCACUACGACCACGUCAAUCGUUGCAAUACAGUAUAACGCAGGUGUGAUGAUGGCCGGCGACACGUUGGGAUCAUAUGGUUCUUUGGCACGGUUCAGGAACUGCAGCAGAAUAAUAAAAGUCAACGACAAAAUUAUUCUGGGAGCUGGAGGCGACUACGGGGACUUCCAACAUCUUAAGGCCAUUAUCGAAGGAAAAGUCAACAAGGACGACUGUAUUGACGAUGGUACCCAACUUAAACCCAAAGAGCUACACUGCUGGUUGACCAGAAUCUUGUACAACAGGAGAUGUCAACUGGAUCCGCUUUGGGUCGACUUUGUCAUUGCUGGAAACCAAGACGGCCAACCCUUUUUAGGAUUCGUAGAGAAAAAAGGUGUUGCUUUUAAAGACAAGAUUAUUUGCACCGGGUACGGGGCCCACUUAAUUUCACCGUUGUUACGUGAUGCGUUACUUAGGAAUCCAAAGCUAAAUAAAGAGGAUGCCAAGAGUUUGAUUGAAAAAUCCAUGGAGAUACUCUAUUACAGAGAUGCUAGGAGCUAUCUCAAGUAUCAAAUUGGCAAUUUUGACCUCAAAGAUGGUAUAAACAUUGAGGGACCUUUGACCGUCCGCGAAAACUGGAACAUAGCCCGCUUAAUUAACUGAAUAUCUUCCGCUGUUUGUUAGAUUAUAGUUGUUAGAUGGGAUGGAAUUAUGUUCUUUUAAUAUAAUGUAAUUGGUAACGUUGACUUUUGUUAGAAUCGUACAGGUACUUCAUUACAGGGAUUCGGUAGGUUAUCCUUAGUAUCAAAUGAACACUUUUAACCUCAAGGAUAGUAUAGUCGCUUUUUAUUAGAUUGAUGGGGUCAAAUUAGAUACAUUGAUGAAAUAAUAUACUCACUGAUGUUGAAUUUAAUUCAAA